AUGUCUCACCAAGCCACAGACUCUGUCCCCUCGCCGCUCCCCAUCUCCACAGACUCUCCCGGAGACCCCACCGUCUACCCCGACGGCUCCGCCGCCUCUGCCUCGGCCACCUCCAUCGCCAACCCCGUCCCGGACAAACAAUCCUCUCCCUCUCCUACUGCCCCCAACGGCUCCCGCGCACCACCUCCUAUUCCUAUCAUCCCAACCAUGAAUCUCGGCUGCAACCUCGGCGGAGUGCCGAUGUGGCUCAAUAUGAACCCCACGACGGGCGACCCGGUGCUUGUCCGCGCUGUGCUCAACGCGCAGAUCGCAGGGGCGGCCUAUCGGCUUGACCCUACUCCGGAGAAUAAGGAGGCACUGAUGGAGGCUACGAUGUUCAUGUUUGAGCGCGUGAGUGAGUUGAAGUGUAAGGCGUUCAGGGAGGAAGGGUUCCCGUGGUAUGGGAUGCGCUAUUAUUGUCUCGUGUGGUUUGGGGUGUGGGAGUGGAUGGAUGUGUUGUGGCUCGCUGGGUAUAGCUCGCUCGAUUCCUUGGUCUCGCGGAUUGUGGUGGGGUUGUGGGAGUUGCUAAUGGCUCGUGUAGUACCGAUCUCGGUCUUGAUCAUCAAGAUUUACGAGAACCUUACGUCGGUUGGAGUCGUGAAUGUCUGA